AUGUCUUCGUCCCAAAUCAAAUUGACAGAAACAUGUUUCUUUCCAUAUGUGACUCAAUUUGAGUUCUUUUGUGACAAUUCAUUUUCGUCACUCACUCACUCACAUGCUGAUGAUUCCAUUGUAAGAAAGAACAAAGCAAGAACUGUAGACGUGAAGAAAAUUCAACAAUAUAAUGUUGUAAUAAGAUUAAGGAGAAGAACAAAACAGAAAAAAGAAAAGUUUUGGGAAGUAUCGUGUCAUUUAAUUGAGAUCUCUUAUGUGUUAAAACGUUGCAACAAUGAUCUCGGCAACACAACAAUAAGGGAAUUCUUCAUAAAGAAACUCGCUCCUGCUGAUGUUGUAGAAAUAAAAAAAAGCAUAAAAAAUUAUUUAACUCAUCUUGUUUUGCUUUUUAGGCAGAUUAGCACGACAGAGGGGUUGAAGGCAUCGUAUUAUAACAUCUGA